GGAGUCACUCUGUAUGAGUCGGCGCUCCAUCCUUUUGUUUGUGUGUUUAUGUGUGAUAAUGGAUUUUGAUGUGUAUCCAUUGCAGUUUAUUAAAAUAAAAGGUUUGAUAUGUAUAAACAGGUAUUUAUAUUGUGUGUGUGUGUGUGUGUGUAUAUGUGGGUUUGUAGUACAGUUGGGAGAUUGCCGUUCAGGCUUACAAAAGUUUGGGUUUACAUGAUAGUUUUUUUUUUUUUUUGUUUGUAUGUUAUAUGUUUUUUUUUU